AUGGGAGAAGUAGAUGAGAAACCGUCCAUGGAUGUAGCUUCUCCGAGGUAUUCAUCUAACAAAGUUGCGGAUAUCGAUACAGAGCUUUGCAAGAUGAAAGCUUCCCUUGAGAGCAGAGAAAACGAAGUCUUUUCUUUAAAAGCCGAGUUGUUGUCGAAAGACACGUUGAUGAAGACUCUUGAAGCCGAGGUGGAGAAUGGUAAAGUGUUAGAGAAGCAACUUGUUGAUUCUUUUGAAGAGAAAUCAAAAGAGUUAGAAGAAACCAAGGCUCUGGUCCAAGAAUCGAAGCUAGAGAUCGCUUCUUUGAAAGAGAGGAUAGAUGCAUCAUACAAUAGCCAAGACUCGAGCGAGGAAGAUGAAGAUGAUAGUUCUGUUCAGGAUUUUGAUAUUGAUUCUAUGAAGAAUGAAAUGGAAUCGACCAAGGAGAGUCUCGUAAAGGCUCAUGAGGCUGCAGACGCUUCCUCUUCGAGGAUAUCUGAUUUGAUGGAAGAGAUGAAAUCGGUUAAGAACGAGCUUAAAGCAGCGAGUGAUGCAGAGAUGACGAGCAAGAAAGCAAUGGAUGAUUUGGCAUUGGCCUUGAAAGAGGUAGCUACUGAUUGUAGCCAAACGAAGGAGAAGCUUGUGAUUGCGGAAACAGAGCUCGAGGCUUCAAGGUUGGAGUCUCAGCAAUGGAAGGAGAAACACGAGGAGGUGAGGAAAGAAGCUGAAUUGCUCAAGAACACGAGCGAGAGACUUAGGAUUGAAGCAGAGGAAUCACUUCUGGCUUGGAAUGGGAAAGAAUCUGUGUUUGUGAGUUGCAUAAAGAGAGGAGAAGACGAGAAGAAUUCACUUCUUGAUGAGAACAAUAGAUUGCUUGAAGCUCUUGUUGCUGCUGAGAACCAAAGCAAGAAGGCUAAAGAAGAGAAUCAUAAGGUUAGAGAUAUACUUAAACAAGCCAUAAACGAAGCCAAUGUUGCGAAGGAAGCAGCCGGGAUCGCCAGAGCUGAGAAUUCCAAUUUGAAAGAUGCCUUGUUGGAUAAGGAAGAUGAACUGCAAUUUGCUUUGAAGGAGAUGGAGAGAGUGAAGGUGAAUGAAGCUUUGGCUAAUGAAAAUGUUAAGAAGUUGAAGAAGCUGUUGUCUGAAAUAGAGGUAGCUAUGGAGGAAGAGAAACACAGAAGCUUGAGCAGGCAAGGGUCAAUGCAGAAGGAUGUAGAAGUAGCUGAGAAGAAGAUUGAGGAGAAGGAGAAGAAGGAAGAGAAGAAAGAGAACAAGAAGGAGAAGAAAGAGAGCAAGAAGGAGAAGAAAGAACAUGGGGAGAAGAAGGAAGAGAAGGAGAAGAAAGAGCAGACACAUCAGAGCAUAGAUAAGAAGAUGAUUGGGAAAACUUGUAGUUUCAGCAUCAUGAAGCUCGGUCAUCACAACCACAACCACAAGCACAACAAAGAAACAACAAUAGAGGAAGAGACAAAAGCCUCAAACGCAAACGGUGGGAAUCAUCAACAAGAGAACAGUGAGGAAAGUGGUGAGGGAAGCUCUCCAAGUUCAGAUUCUUAUCUAUUCAAAGGUUCGAUCUUUGACGUAGCAGAGACGCCACAUGCGCAAACGCAUCACAAAAGGAGAUCAUCGUGUACGUUUUUGGAAGAAGUAGAGACGAUCAAUCCAGAGGAUCUGGAGAAUUUGGAUGGGAACCAUUUAGAAGAAGGAGAGUUGAACGACAAAGGAGCAGUAGCAAGGAAGAAGAAGGCGUUUAUUCGUAGAUUUGGUGAUCUUCUGGUUAGAAGGAAAAGCUUGAGUUUCUCACACAAGAAAGAGUCUUCCACCGAUUCACAAGAUAAGCAGCAGCAACCACAGACUCCGACGUCUCCACCGAUGUCUCCGGAGCCCUGAAGUGCCUUGCUUUUAUAUAACUUUGCUGUGAUACGCCAUUUUUGUGUAUUUUUUCUACUACAGCAGAUUUGAGUUUUGUACAUAGAGAGACAAACGUUUGAAUUUGUUCUUUGUAAUAAAAA